UUUUGAUUUAUAGCAGUGACACCGAGCAGAUCUGCGCGAAGAAGAAAACGCUGGUAGUAUCCUAACGCCAACGUCUACUGCUUUCUCGCAACACGAUCCAAAAACGCGAAGAUUCCGCAAUCUUCAGCUUCACAGCAUUGACCUGCUUGCUCAUCUUCCCUUCCAGGCGACUCUGACUGCGGCAGUAUCUCUGAUUUUUGACAUGUGAACGUGUGUCGCCUUUUUGUUUUUUAUCGCCCGUGGCUGUGACGCACUUUACUUUUUAGUCUCUUCUGUAACCCGAUACUCAAGGACGGUUUGGUAGAGAUGCGUGGUGCGACACGACUUCAGGACCGUUUUUCAAAAACAAAAGAAGCUCCCCGCUCGUCUAGAGAAAGUUGAGACUAGCUACGCCAGUGGAUAUGAAUAUGAUAAUGAUAAAAUUCCAAGACACUAACAAACAGUACUCCUACUCGUAUUCCCUGUCCCUAGGAUCAAUGACAAAUAGCGCAGCAUCCUCGAUAUUCAAAAACAUAUGUUGAAGAUUCGGCUCACGCUCAACAGCGACCGCACACACUCUCAGAGCGCGACGAGGUCCUCGUUGCUAUGACGAACAUAAAGCACACCACGGGGCGCACGCACUUCCCACCAUGGUUCGAGAUUCUUUUUUCUUGCCAUUAGGAACUGAUAUGAGGUAUAACCGGCGGCAGGGGCAGCGAUAGUGGUUGUCAGCUUUUCCAGGAGUAGCCAUGCGGCAAGACCACCAGCACCAUGGCGGUCACGGGGGGAGACAUCAACAUCAGCAUGUGGGGAACGGCGGAGGUAGCUCUUCAUCCACCGCGCCGAUGGGCGCGCGCGGCGGACCUCGGCCCGAGGAGGACCCGGAAUACAGGUUCUGGCUGCUCUCUCCCCUGCAGCUCGGGUUUUCACAGGUCAGAAUAGCUCCGCAAUUCCAGGACGGGCGGGACAUCGAGAUGGCAAUUGCUGACAUCCGGGUGCGGGAAACAUCAAAGUACCUGCUUCUCGAGCACCCCUUUCCCUGCAUCGACGUGGUCCGCUGGCGUGCCAAGCGCAGGGACCCAAAACCGAACUCCGCACGGAACGAGAAAGACAACGGAGGUAUAUAGUACUUACUUAUUUGAUUGAUGAACAACUUGUCUUGAGCAAGCCUGAGUGCAGGGCCAGGACUCGUAGCAGGUCGAAAAUUAUACACCGAGGCUUGGAAGAUGUUGAAGUUGACUGCUACAGUUAACCUACAUGACACGAAUCCGACCAUAGAAACUAGUCGAUGGACGAUAACAAACCCUCGUCCUGUGAGUUUGUUUUUGGACCUCACUUCCCGACUUCACGCUCUACAGGUGGUGAACAAGAUGACGACGAGGAGGACAAAAUCGAGUUUCAGUCUGUGUGGAAGCGACAGGACCUUGAGGACAAACUGGGGAAGGAGCGGUGGUUUACGUUUGACAACCGGCGACUCUACUGCCUGCAGAAGUACUGCGUCGAAAAGGCCGCGGAGCUGCGCCGGAGGCAACGGUCGGACGCACGCUUGAUGCAACAGCAGGGCAAAAGUUCCACGCGGGUGUCCCCGAACAACGGGCGAAACAAGGACCUCUCGUCGUCCCCACCGCCGCUGCCCAUUUACAUUCUGUGUCGCGAGAUUCCGCGAAAGAUCGUGAAAGAGAUACGGAAGUUUCGCACGGAAAACAACGGCGACGCGGUACGCAUAGGGCACCACCACGACGAGUGCAGGAGUAUAUGGGACUGGCGCGUUGGAAAGGUUUGCGACGUGGAGCAGUGGAAACGGCACAUCUGUCCCGACCCCAGCUCGGGUGCGCAUCGUAAUUUUCAUUUUCACAUACGUAUGUCCGUCGUGUUGACUCGACGGUAUUUAUUACGGAAAAAUGCUGUUCUUUUGGCGGCAAACAGCAAUGCGACUACUGUUCGAGCAAGAGUUAUCGAAACAACAACUCCCACAGGCUCCACCAUCCUCACUCCCGAACUGAUAUCGGGAAUCCUGAGGCAAUUUAGCGGGCCUGACGUCUUUCUCACUGUGCAACCGCGAAGGAUAGAAACCGAUCUGGAGUACGAGUACGACGGAUAUCAUGGUUACCACGACCAGCACCGCGGCAAAGGACCGCAGACACCGAAGUUGAGCCUUCCUCUUCCGGAACACCACACCAACUUCUUUUAAUGAGGCCGGGGGCUCCUGCUCCACCGACGGUACUGCGGAUCUGCGUGAUCUAUGGAGCAAAUUUUUCUGCAGGCAGAUUGCGUCGAAGACCUCGUCAGCGCAAGUGGUAGCGCCGGCCGAAACACAUUUUUCAGCGACCUUUGAAGCGACGGACCGGAGGAAGGUGGAGGUGGAGUGCUGUGUAAGCCCUACUUUUCGUAUGGAGAUUCAACGAAGAAGAAGAUGACGACCUUUGUUUUUCACUCGACGUUGAACAAAAAGGACACAACGCGGACAGGAAAAGAUGCGCAGCAUCAUCUUUUUUUGCCGAAGGAAUAUCGGGGAGAUCUGCCUACGUUGAAGAUGAGACAGAGGAGAGACACAAAGAGGACUGGUCUCUGACCUUUGUCGUUCGCACUCUGAAAAAUUUCCACAUUUAAACAUGACGCUUUUGCCACGUCUUACUCUCAUAGGCUCGACAAACGUUAGACACAACCACAAGCGACCACAGAUUAGAUUGUCGCUCUAAAAAUCCAUCGCAAAAAAUACAACAACGACGACAUUAUCAUGAAACUUCUCUAACUCAUCAUUUGAUGCGCGACAUCCACGACGCCAUUUUGUGUUUCUUAUUCUUGUCCUAGAAACGUUUGACUGGCCGUAAGUCCGCCUCUCGCGAACGGGCGGGCAUGUUGGAGAGUUGCAGACACCCAAGCGCGCUUCUCCCCUACGCGCAAGCAAACCAUUUUUGCGAAGACACAACCCAUCCCGCCCCACAAAAUGUACUUAUGCUAGCACCAUAGCACAGCGACAUCAAUGAGCCCAUUCAUCGGGUGAAAGAAGUGAUGCAAACCAGAAAUGGCACAACUUGGGAACCAUGAAGUUUUGUGUUGCCGUUGGCCAAGAUGUCCACGCCCAGGAACAAGUCCAUGACGUGUCACGAAGGGAUGCGAUAAUCAUUUUGGCUCUAGUGUGCCCGAAGAUCCGUGAUCUUUGCUUCGAACGGGGAAAAA